CUCAGCAGUUCGCCACGCGUCAAAGUUGCCGAAAGUUGCCGUUAGUUUCUUCUAAACAAAAAAUCCCCGUUAAAAUUGGAACUAUGAACUCUGCAACUCUUUCAAAGAGCAUCGCAACCUUCCUUGGAAUCCACUCCAAGAAAUUUUCUUUUCUUUUUUCACCUUUCCUGUAUUCGAUAACAGAAACCCAAAUAGAUAACUAACGUUCACUCUUCUCUAUAGACCUCGAUCUCUACUCCCAAAUCUCACAACCAUUUCUUCUUCUUCUUUGGUUCUUCCUCAUCUUAUCUUAUGCCUCUACAUAGUGCUCUACUUAACUCCAACACUGAACCUGCAAUCAUGGCGGGGCGUCUCAGCGGUUACGCACGCAUUAACCCACGCGCCACUCUCAAUGGUCCUUCUUCUUCUCACAAGAGAAACCUCUUCUUUGCUUUUAUAGCUGCGCCAUCACAGAUACUAGCUAGAGGAACAAUAAGAAUACGGCGAAGUGGAAGUUCGGAAAUUAGGGCUUCCAAUGGCAGCGAUUCUUAUCUCCAUAUGUGGAAAAGAGCGAAGGAUCAAGAGAGGAAGACGAUUGAGUUUGAGAGUCUUGGGAAUUCUUCUGUUAACGGAAAUGAUAAUGUUGGUGAUAGUGAGGAAAGUCCAGAAGCACUGGAGAAGAAGAGUCAUCUGUUCAACAAACUUCAGGAGAUUCCUAAAGAAGAGAGAGACCGGGUUCAACGGAUGCAAGUCAUUGACCGUGCUGCCGCUGCCAUUGCCGCCGCUCGAGCUGUUCUUAAGGAGAGUCCUCCGUUGAUCAAAGCAGAUUCGUCUGUUGAUUCGGUUACCUCUGGAGUUGAUUUAUCCAAAACUGGGAGUAGUGGAGCAGCGACAGAGAGUAUUCAUCAAUCAGGAUUGAAUGAUGGAAAUUUAUCUGUUCCACUGUCUGAAAAUUCUGGAGCUGGAACACCAGGUCCAGAUUUUUGGACUUGGACACCUCCUCCCCUUGAUAGUAAUAGAAGUUCAGAAGAUGCUGGGACUUUAAAGGCGGCUAGAAAAUCUGCUUCAUACCCAAGUGCAGCCAGCCCUGUGAUGGAAAAGGAGCGGUCAGUAGAUUAUCUUUCCAUUCCCCUUGAGAGUACUUUUCCAGAAAGCGACCACAAUCCUCCUCUGCCACCCCUUCAGUCACUCAUAGAGAUUGAAAAAAUAGAUGCUACUGAUAGCAAGUUAGACAUUCCUUCUCUUGGGGGUGAACAAGAACUUGGUGUGCUGUUUUCGACACAUGCAGCAGCAGCAGCUCAUGCUCUAGAUGAGGUCAGUGAAGCAUCAUCUCAGGGAGUGAAUCCAGAUGGAUCAAGGUGGUGGAAGGAGACAGGUAUUGAACAACGAGCUGAUGGGGUGGUUUGCCGGUGGACAUUGAAAAGAGGAGUUAGUGCUGAUGAAAGUGUUGAGUGGGAAGAGAAGUUCUGGGAGGCGACUGGUCACUUUGAAUAUAAAGAGCUGGGUUCAGAGAAAUCUGGGCGUGAUACUAAAGGAAAUGUUUGGCGUGAAUUCUGGAAAGAAUCCAUGGGGCAGGAUCCUACAAGUGGGCUUGUGCACAUGGAGAAAACUGCAGACAAAUGGGGAAAGAAUGGAAAUGGUACUGAGUGGCAAGAAAAAUGGUGGGAACAUUAUGAUGCUUCUGGCCAAGCUGAGAAGUGGGCCCACAAGUGGUGCUGCAUUGACCCUAACACUCCUCUCGAGCCUGGCCAUGCUCAUGUUUGGCAUGAAAGGUGGGGUGAGGAUUAUGAUGCGUAUGGUGGCAGUAUGAAAUACACUGAUAAGUGGGCCGAGCGUUUUGAGGGUGAUGGGUGGUCAAAAUGGGGUGACAAAUGGGAUGAGCAUUUUGAUCCAAAUGGGCAUGGUGUCAAGCAAGGGGAGAAAUGGUGGGAAGGAAAGCAUGGUGACCGGUGGAACCGCACAUGGGGAGAGGGCCACAAUGGCACUGGAUGGGUACACAAGUAUGGAAAGAGCAGCAGCGGUGAGCACUGGGACACUCAUGUGCCUCAAGAAACUUGGUAUGAGAGGUUUCCUCACUUUGGGUUCGAGCACUGCUUCGAAAACUCUGUGCAGCUCCGAGAAGUUCGAAAACUGCCCGAGACAUCAUGAAGUGUGUCCUCAUUUUUUUUUUCCUAAAUUUCAUUUUCCUGGUGCCACCCUUUAAUCACACCUUUGGUGUAGAGCAGAGCAGAUGAUCUAUACGAUUUGGUUUGAUUUAUCAUAAAUUACGUCGUUAAAUUUUUUUCCUUUCUUGGUGAACAGAAUCCUUUGGGUGCUUGGAUCCUUUUGUGGGUUGUUGCAGAGUGUCCUAGUAAACUGUUUAGUUCUCUGACAAAGGAUCCUGUGAACUAUAUAGUUAAAGUAACUAGAAAACUGGUAUCUCUUAUGAAACCAGAAAUAUGGUAUAUGCAAUAAAUGUUUGGCAAUUUUAUUGGUUUUCAUUUAA